AGGAUGAAUGUGUACAUUACGCAGAACUUAUGCCCCUGCCUUGUAUUAUCACUUCCUGCCCAACGUCGCAGUCUACAAGAAAGGUGAAAAAUAAUAUAGUAUCAGCUCUUGAAUCGUAAAGCACACUCCUCACACUUCAGAUCUUCAAGCAAAACACACACACACAUAGAUACAUUACGCCUAUACGUACCCCUCUGUGUAUGUAUACGUACAAUAAGAUCUUGAGUUUCUGGGCUCCCUCCAUUUCAAAUGAGACAAAUGGGCCUUUUCAAUCUUGCAUCUUCCAAGCAGCGGAACGCCCGGAAAUGGCGUCUAUUGGACAUUAUCACCGCCGCCUUCUUCUUAGCAGUUCUUGUCCUCUUUCUUCUAGUAUUCACCCCAUUAGGCGACGCGUUUGCCGCAUCCGGGAGGAAGACGGCGCUGCAAUCCCCUGUUUUGGAUCCCCGCAACCGUGCGAAGUUGCUGGCGCUACUGGAGCUUGGGCGACAAGGGGUGACCAUCGACGCUUGCCCUGCCGACAUGGUGGAUCACAUGCCUUGUGAGGAUCCCAGAAUUAAUAGUCAGCUUAGCAGGGAGAUGAAUUAUUAUAGGGAGAGGCAUUGUCCCAAGGCGGAGGAGACGCCGCUUUGUUUGAUCCCUCCGCCGCAGGGGUAUCGGGUUCCGGUCCAGUGGCCUGAGAGUUUGCACAAGAUAUGGCAUGAUAACAUGCCUUACAAUAAAAUUGCUGACAGGAAAGGCCACCAGGGGUGGAUGAAAAGAGAAGGUUCGUAUUUCAUAUUUCCAGGUGGUGGCACAAUGUUUCCAGAGGGAGCUGUACAGUAUAUUGAAAAACUUAAACAGUAUAUCCCUAUUGCUAGUGGAGCUUUGAGAACAGCUCUUGAUAUGGGAUGCGGGGUUGCUAGUUUUGGUGGAUACAUGCUUGCGCAAGGCAUUUUGACUCUUUCUUUUGCUCCAAGAGAUUCACACAAAGCGCAAAUACAGUUUGCUUUGGAGAGAGGAGUACCAGCAUUUGUUGCCAUGCUUGGCACGCGUAGACUUCCAUUUCCUGGAUUCUCUUUUGAUCUGGUGCACUGUUCUCGAUGUUUGAUUCCUUUCACUGCCUAUAAUGCAACAUAUUUCCUUGAAGUAGAUCGGUUACUUCGCCCAGGAGGCUACCUAGUCAUCUCUGGACCACCUGUACAGUGGCCUAAACAAGAAAGGGAAUGGGCUGAUUUACAGGGAGUAGCGAGAUCAUUAUGUUAUCAGCUCAUUGUUGUGGAUGGGAACACAGUCAUCUGGAAAAAGCCUAAUGGGGAUUCAUGUCUUCCAAAUCAAAAUGAAUUUGGGCUUCACUUAUGCGAUGAAUCUGAUGAGCCACGUCCUGCAUGGUAUGUCAACUUGACGAACUGUGUGAGCAGGACUCCUGCCGAGGGAGAAUAUGCUGUGGGGACAAUUCCAAAUUGGCCAGAGAGAUUGCAAAAAGCUCCUUCAAGAGCCAGUAUGAUGGAAAAUGGAACCGAUGUUUUUGAAGUUGACAAUCAGAGAUGGACAAGGAGGAUUGCUUACUACAAGAAUACAUUAAAGAUUAAAUUGGGAACACCAUUAAUACGAAACAUCAUGGACAUGAAUGCAUUCUUUGGCGGUUUUGCAGCAGCAAUAGCAUCUGAUCCAGUUUGGGUGAUGAAUGUUGUUCCCUCCAGCAAGACUUUAACUCUUGAUGUAAUUUAUGACCGAGGACUUAUAGGAGUUUACCAUGAUUGGUGUGAACCUUUCUCGACCUAUCCUCGAACUUAUGAUCUAAUUCAUGUGGAUGAUAUAGAGUCUCUUUUGAAGGAUCCUAGUUCUGGGAUGAACAGGUGUAAUCUUGUAGAUUUGAUGGUGGAAAUUGAUAGAAUGUUGCGCCCGAAAGGCACAGUUAUCAUUCGUGAUUCACCUGAAGCGAUCGAGAAACUCGGUCACAUUUCUCAUGCGUUGAGAUGGACGACUUCAGUACAUGAGAAAGAGCCCAGAUCACAUGGAAGGGAGAGAGUUCUUGUAGCAACAAAGAGCUUAUGGAAGCUUUCUGCAUCCCACUGACAACCCUUAAAGUGUCCGUCCGUUGAAAUAUAGGUAUUCUUCUGUAUACCUUGUCUUUCACUGAGAUAAUUAUGUUAGCAGUCCCUGAGGUUUAAGUAUUGAAAUUUCUCAAUUUUGAAAAAUUACACUGCACCAUCUAUAAACCAUACUUUUUACAUAUCCGACUCGUCUUUGGAAAGCAGAUGGUCUGAGGGAUCCGUAAUAUAAAAGAUCGACUCAUGGGUUGCUUUUGUAAAUUUUCAAAACCAGCAGCUUCCUCGUAAUUUAUCCAAAUCUAGAGAGUGUUUAUGUAAUUAUCUCAUUUCGCUCCCGCUGCUCCGUUGAGGAUGUAAUCAAAAGAUUGUAGGUUUGGUAGAACCAAGAAAACUGUAAAAAGCAAGCGAAACAUGACUGCCAUCGAAUGUCUAGUUUUUGGUCAGUUUGUAAUGGUAACACCAUUCCUGAACUUGGAUUUUAUAAAAUUAGACAGGUACUACUGCUUCAUGAUCUAA